UAUAUAUAUAUAUAUGAUAUCGUUAUUCACUUUUAUUCAUAGAUAUAUCUUAGUGAUAGACUUAUUCAAAGAUAUCGGCACGAUAAGAUAUCAGAGAGAUAACAAUGAGCGAAUCUUUGAUUUUAAAAUUAUAAUUGCAUCAUUUUAUUUUAAAUGACAUUUUGAAAAGAAUAUUUCUAUGUGAAUUCAUCUUUUUUUUCAAAACAAUAAGGGAUUGACUGCAAAUUAGAGUACACCUAUUUUUGUAAGAAUCUUCAAAGUCUUGAAAAAAUUGUCAGAAUUAUAUAUAUUAGAAAAAUAUGUUUGAACAUAAGAAGCACGAAUAAUUUCAAAUUUUGUACGCUGCUCUAUUAUCAAAAAUUCAAUCCUUGAAAGACUUAAAAAACUUGCAAUUUAACUAAAGUUAUUUUUCUUAUUCUAAUAGCUCAUAAUCUUAUAAUUAUAUUAAACUCUUAUAAUUAGAUCUAUAAAUUGUUACAUUUAUAUAAUCUUAACUAUAAUUAUAACAACCUUAAUGAUCUUUUGAUAAUUCAAUCGAUGUAUAUUCUGAUUCGCAUCUAAUCUCUUAUCUAAUUAUCUUGAGAAGAAAGAUAAAUGAUGUAACAAUAAUUAUUUUUAUAAAAUACAAGCUCAAAAGCAAUCUGACAAAUAUCUCUCGUGUCGUAUAAUAUUUUGCAGUAAUAAUUUACAAAAUAUUUCGAACAGACUGAAUGAAUGAAUAUCUAGAAAGAAUCACGGAUAUCAGGAGAAACUAGAUAUUAUAUGAUCAUUGUAUAUUUAUUUGUUCAUACUUUAAUUUAUAGUAAUUAUAUACGAAAAUAAGAACAGGGAUUAUGAGAAGAAAAUGCAAGUAUGAGAAUGAAGAAGAAAAAAAGGGAUGAUAUAUACAUAUAUCUAAAUAUAUGAAAUCUCAUUAAUUUUUUUAAGAAAUAUAUAAUAAAAUAAAAUGUGGAGAUUAGGAAAAUGUUAGUUUUUUCGCAGGAUCUUCGCAAAAUACAGUCAAGUAUUUAGAAAUGUACUGAGUAGUUUAAAUUCACUUGCUACUAAUAACGAAUACAAAUUAAUAGAUCUGAUAUGGAAUAAGUUAAAUGGCAAUUUCAUUGAUAUUAUCGAUGAACAAUCGACAUUAAUGUUAAUCGUCCGCUACACUUUCGAAAAGCGAAUCUGCGACCAGUAUGAAAAUUUCGGAAAUCCUGUUUUGUCGCAUAUAAAAGUUAUGGCAAAUAAAGAGUAUACGUAAUACAGUGAUUUACGUGCUUGUUCCAUGCAAACGUCCUGAUACUAUUUUUUUUUUUAUUUUUGUUCAGACACGAUACAAAUCAAGCAUCAAUUUGCAUAUUGAUGAGUGAAGUUCCCUCCAAAUUUCGUCAUUGUUUCAAAGCAUAUGUCACUUUUGACGUAGCACACAUUUCUGUAAUUUCCCCCCUCAUCAAUUUGAUGCGGCCAAAACCUUGAAUCGAUUAUUGUCAAACUAAAACGAGUAUCAACAACGAGUCACGCACAACUCUCUGUAUAUAUACACAUAAGAACAAUGUAUACAUUCGCAGAGGUAUUAACGUCCCGGUAUUCGACGUAUAGAUUUUUCUCGCAGUACCUAACAACGUCGGUGCGUUACAGGAGUCCACUUGGUCCUAUAUCAGGGACACAAUGGAAGACUUAAGCGCCGUGCCGCAGGAGAAGAUCGUAGAUUAUCUGCUGGAGCGUCUGCAAUGUGGUAAGAUUUACACGUGGGUCGGCACCCUCCUCCUAGCGCUGAAUCCCAACGGCGAAAUCUCCACCGGGGACAUUUAUGACCUGUCGCGAGUCGAGGAGUAUGAAAAUAUCUGCGAUGUGUCUCACAAGGAAGUUUCACCUCACAUAUACGCCGUGGCUGCUCGGGCGCAUUACAGGAUUGUUCAGAAUCUUGGGAAACGGAGUCAGGUAAUUGUUCUGAAUGGAGAAACCGGAACGGGGAAGACCUUCAACGCGGUAAAGGCCCUAGAAUUCCUGACCAGGAGUGCAUCCGCCAACGCUGAGAGUUGGGACAGGGUUUGCAAUAUCGUAUGGAACAUCAGGGACGCUUGCCGCUUGAUAUCGCCCUUCACGAUUGCGCCCACCGAGAGGAACCAAGUCAGCUCGAGGCACGUGCAGCUCGUGUGGCUCGAGUACGAGAGGGGCACCAUAUGCGGGGCGAAGAUAUCCUCCUACCUCUUGGAAAGGGACAGAGUAACGAAGGGAUGCUGUAAUUUUCAAAUAUUUGGCCAGAUGAUGUCCGCGAUAGAGAACAUCGAAUUCGCGGACUUGGAACUAUCAAAGGAUACCCGGUACUUCAUAAUAAACGAUCUGGACGACCGAAAGAUGCAGGAAUACCGUGAUGAUUUCUGCGAUACCGUGAGAGUGAUGGAUACGCUGAAACUUUUAGAGUGUCAUAAGAAAAUGAUCUUCCGCGUCCUCGCCUUUCUCGUUCAUAUGGGAAAUAUUCAAUUUGUGCAGGAGGACGAUUAUUGCAGAAUCGACACCGAUAAUCUACAAUCUAAAAGAGCUCUGGAGAACUCGUGCCGAGUAGCUGGUAGACAAAAAUCUUUAGUCAAGUUGCUCACAUCUACUUUGAUAAAUCCACGAAACAGCGGGAACACUAAAUGCCGACGCAAUCUUACCACGAUCGAUGCUUGCCGCUACCGAUUGCACAGCAUCAUCCGCUACGUGUACGAUCUUGUCUUCCAGUGGCUAAUCACCUUCGUGAACAGAAUUUUGUUGUCUCCUGCAAUAUAUGGAACCAAUGAACAAUUGGGAAUAUUGGAUAUCUUUGGAUUCGAGUGCUUUGCAUCCAACGGUAUCGAGCAGCUUUGCGUUAAUUACGUCAACGAAAGAUUGCAACAAUACUUCGUGGAGAAGUAUUUGCUAUCUUGUCGAAAAAAUCUGGAGAUAGAGGGCCUCAUUGGCAAUGAGGAACCGUCAGAAAUUGUGAAAUCCUACGAAGAUCGCGUAAACACCAUCGAGAAAUAUUUGUUCGCUCCUCUAAACGAUGUGUGUCUAGCGACAGUCCAGAAUGACAUGUCCACAUUUAUAUCUCAAGUAUGCGCUAGCAGUAGACUCGCAACGAGGCGGUUUUUAAACGUGAAGAAUGAAAAUUUCGUCGUGCAACACUACGCCGGUCCCGUGAAAUACUCCAUCUGCGAUCUGCUUUCCAAAAAUACCGACAAGAUUCCGGAUGAAAUAACCACAAUGUUCAUGAAGCACAAAAAGAACACUUUUCUAGACAUUUUUUUAAAUCGAAUGGAGGAAGAACGUCAUUAUAACAGCGGAAGAGCGAAAAAGCUUACGAUGCUUUCAAAACUGCGAAGCAAUGCGAACUUAUUGAUACGAGAAUUAAGGGAGUGUGACACACAUUAUGUUCGCUGCAUCAAGCCACGGCGGCUCGUCAACUGCGAAUGGGAUCGAGAUGAGCUUCACAAGCAACUGGUUAACACGGGUAUCUUUGAUGCUUUACCUCUGGCCAAAUGUAAAUAUCCGAUUCACUUUGCCUAUAAAGAUUUCUACAAACGCUACAGAAGAAAACAUACAGAAAUUUCCAAUCUUCGCAUUUAUUGUAAAAACAUAGUUAAGUUUUCCGUAACAAUGGAUGACGUUAACUCAUCGAUAUAUUAUGGAAAACGUUCGAUUUUCUUGACGGAAUCUAUGUUUUUGCAAUUAGAAACUGCUAGAAGGAGAUACCGUAUCGAGUGUGUUAAGAAAAUAGAAUCUUUUUGGAUAGAAAACAAACAACGUUAUUGUGAAAAAAAAAAACGCGACAAUAAAAUUAUAGAGAGGAAUGUGGCUGAAGAUCUUCUUACAUUCAAAAUUACGGAGAGAGAUAUGGCUGAAGAUCUUCUUACAAUCAUUAAAGCUGAUUACCGCGACUUUCUUGCAUACACUUGGGCUCCAGACGGGGCAUAUACUAUCACGCCUUUAUUAGGAAUAGAGAUUUACGUACAAAAAUAUCAGCGGCAAAAUACAAUAGAAAAUACGGAUAAUAAUACUCGAACAAUCGUUAAUGUCACCUGUCAAAGCGAAAUGACUGCGUCAUCCCCAUCAGAUUAUAUCUUUAGUCUAAAAGUAGAUGAUGGAUUAGAUGGAUUAGAUAGAAUGUAUUAUCGUCCUGAAGAUUAUCAUAAUGAUAAAAAAAUAUUAGCGCACAAGUUUAGUAAAAUUGCGUUUAUAUUCCGUUGGUUGCUAGGCGUGCAAGAGGCGAUGUAUGCAAAAAAGAUUGAAGUUCUUGAUGGGCCUCCAGAGCCUAAAAGGCCCCGAUUAGAUAGUGAUUUCGAUCAAUCGAUCGAUGCCAAUUGCAAUGAGGAUGUUAAGUCACAGAGCGAAUUGCAUACGCAUUUAGACAAUAAGUUUCAUAUAGAAAAUAGAUGUGAAAAGAAUUAUAAAGAUCAUAAUGAGGAUGAAAAUAUACAUAUCAUACAAUAUGGCACUUUGAUGCUAUUCUAUAGAAACAGGGUUCUGAGUCGACGUCGUCCGACAAAGAUACCAAUUAAAAUGCAUACUCGUCUAAGAUGUUUAACCAAUUCGCAUUAUUUAACAUAUACGCAAUUACCACAGGGUCUAAAGGAUUGUCUUUAGAAGGAAAAUUUAUACAAAAACGUAAUUCGUAAAAAACCCGUAUUCUUGCUACACUAGACAUAUACAACUUAAUAAAUAAUUUUUACACAAUUCACAAAAUAAAAAAGAUCUUUGUAUAAUGAUUUGAAAUAUAAGAUUUGUGAA